AUGGCACUGUCUAGAAUUUCAAAAACUCGUAGAACUCUCUUCAAAUUGAUAAACCCCAUCACCAUAAACCCAUAUGAUCUCCUUUAUCUUUCCUUCGCCAAAAUCAUCACUCCCUCUCCAUUCUCGACCCAUAUACCUUUCAACAACUCCGAACACGCCGACGUCGCCGAUGGUCUCAUUUCUAUCUUCACCAAACGUCCCUUUUCGCCAGAAAAUCCAGAGCUGAAGCGUCUCGCUCCGGUUCUCACCACCAAUCUCGUCGAAACCGUGUUAAAUAACUUAAAGAGCUGGAAAAUAGCUCACUUGUUCUUCACUUGGGUCUCAAACCAACACGGGUAUAAGCACAAUUGUUAUACUUAUACUGCCAUGGCAUCCAUCCUAUCACGUGCUCGACAAAAUGCCGCACUCAAAGAUUUGGCUUUGGAUUUCAUUAACUCGAAUUGUUCGAUCACUCCCGGAGGGUUGGGUUUCUUUUUAAGACGUCUGGGUAGUUUGGGAUUGGUUGAUGAAGCUAAUAUAUUGUUUGAUCAAGUUAAGAAGAAGGGCCUUUGUGUUCCUAAUAAUUAUAGCUACAAUUGUUUGUUGGAAGCAAUAUCUCAGUCUAGUUCGAUUGAUUUGCUAGAAAUGAGGUUUCAGGAAAUGCUGGAUUCUGGGUGGGAGAUCAACAUGUACACGUUGACCCCGAUAUUAAGAGCUUAUAGCAAUGCAGGUAAGUUUGAAAAGGCUUUGAAUAUUUUCCAUCAAAUGCUUGAGAGGAAUUGGGUCGAUGCCCAUGUGUUUUCUAUCCUUAUAUUGUCUUUUAGCAAGUGGGGUGAAGUGGAUAAGGCGUUUGAGUUCAUCGAAAGAAUGGAGGAUCACAAUCUUUUGUUGAAUGAGAAGACGUUUUAUGUUUUAGUUAAUGGAUUUGUGAAAGGAUCAAGAGUGGAUAAAGCUCUCCAAUUGUUCAGUAAAAUGCAAAAGUCAGGUUUUGGUGUUGAUGUUGCCCUUUAUGAUGUGCUAAUUGGAGGACUUUGUGAGAAUAAAGAACUCGAGAAAGCUUUGAGUUUGUAUUCAGAAAUGAAGGAGAUGGGAAUCCGCCCUGAUGUUGGGAUAGUUGCCAAGCUCAUAUCAUGUUGUUCUAGUGAAAAGGACAUGAUUCAGUUACUUGUAGAAGCAAAAGAAAAUAUGGAUGAAGAAGGUGUCAUUUGGCUUUACAAUUAUGUGUUGAAAUGUCUUAUCAAUAUGGGUUUGGUUGAUAAAGCUCAUGUUCUGCUCCGGACAAUCACGGGUGAUGAAUCUGAUGAUGGUUUCACCAUGAAAAAGCACCUCAAGAUAAAUAGUCACCCAAUUACUUCUUGGUUUAGAACUGUUAUUGAGGGUCUGCUAAAGACGGGUAAGUUGGACCUGACCUUAUGCCUAAUCAAAGAUAUGAUCCAAAUUGGCUGCAAACCCGAUAUAUUAAUCUAUAAUAAUUUGAUUGAUAAACUAUGCAAUUCAAAUAGAUUGGAAGAAAGUUAUGAGCUCCUGAGGGAUAUGGAGGAUUCUGGACUUGAACCGACACAAUUUACUCAUAAUUCUUUAUAUGGAUGCCUAUGUAGAAGAGAAAAUGUUGCAGAAGCCCUUGAACUGCUGAAAAGAAUGCGUAUACAUAGACAUGAACCAUGGAUGAAAUAUUCAACCUUACUAGUCAAGCGGCUUUGUACUCAUAGAAAGGUGGUUGAAGCUUGUAAUUUUCUUCACGACAUGCUUCAAGAAGGUUUCCUUCCCGAUAUAAUUACUUAUUCGGCUGCUAUGGAUGGCUUAGUAAAGUCUAAAGAAUUAAAUCGUGCGUUGGACCUGUUUAAAGACAUUUGUGCCCGAGGUUCUUUUCCUGAUGUUGUUGCUUAUAAUACAUUGAUAAAUGGGCUUUGUAAGGCCAAAAGAAUCUCAGAAGCUGAGAAUCUUGUGAAUGAAAUGGUGUUGAAAGGGCUUGUACCAUCAGUUGUUACAUACAAUCUGCUGAUAGAUGGAUGGUGUAAAGUUGGUGCCAUUGAUCGGGCCAUGCAUUGCCUGUCCACAAUGUUUGAUUUAGAGAGGGAUCCUAGUGUCAUUACUUACACGACAUUAAUAGAUGGGUUAUGUGCUGCUGGGAGGCCUGAUGAUGCUCUUAAGCUCUGGGAAGACAUUAAAGGUGAUGAGUGUGCUCCAAACAGAAUUGUUUUUAUGGCUCUAAUUUGUGGUCUUUCAAAGUGUAAUAGGCCUGAUACUGCUCUAGUUUAUCUUCGGAAGAUGGAAGAAAUGGAAAUGAAACCUGAUAGUUUUGUCUACAUAACAUUACUAAGUGCUUUUCUUUCUAACUCAAAUAUGUCCAAGGCAUUUGACAUUUUGAAAGAGAUGUUUGAGAAAGGAAGUGUUCCAGAGCAAGCAGAUAAGAACCAUUCAAUAGUAAGAGAUGCUAUUCUUAAGUUGUUAGCAGAUGACAUUACUUUCUCUAGUGUGAAAGCUCUGAUUGCAGAGGGAAACAUACCAUCCAUUAAUCUCUCAGACUUUGGAAGUGAAGAUCAGUCUUAAAUGUAGUAUAAUUAUUGCAGAGCCAAGAAGAUUCUUUAUCAUGCUGAAAAUAAUCUUCUAUUGUAGAUUGGGUUGGUUUAAAACAGGAAAGAAAUUAGUUGGGUGGGUUUGUAUAAACUGGGGUGGACGGGAUUAGGCAUAUGUAGGUCUGCAAGUACUUUCCAGAGUGUACUCUAAUAGUACACCCGAUUUUUUUGGACCCCAUUUUUUUGGAGAAACACUUGGAAUCUAUAUUUGGUUUAUACUCCUUGAUACACUAGCUUUAA